AUGCUGGAGAUGUUCGAGCGCUGGUGCAGAUCGGUGGGCGUGGACUUGUUCGACCUGCUCCUGGCCUCCGUUCGGCAGCCCUGGCGCUCGCUGCUGCUGAAAUACGCGGUGACCCUCGCCUACUGCUUUGUUCACGCCACCAUGCAUCUCAUCCGGGUGAUCCUGCUGAAUGUGGCCAUCAACACAUCCUCGAACGCAGUGUUCCUGAUCAUUGUGACCAACAACUUUGCAGAGAUCAAGUCCACCGUUUUCAAGCGAUACGAGGAGAAGAGCCUUUUUCCCAUCAUCACCAGCGACAUGGUGGAGCGCUUCUACCUCCUCCUGGAUAUCCUCUUCGUUCUGGCGAGGUUGAGCAUUUCUCAGCACUCUGGCACCUUCACAGCCCUGGACGUCUCCUUCUGGCUGUUCUUGCUGGUGGUGCUAGAGAUCGGCACCGACUGGAUCAAGUUUUGCCUGAUCACGAAGUUCAGUGAGAUGCAGGCCAAAACCUUCGAGGUCUACAGGGAGGUGCUGAUGGCGGAUAUCCUGCUCUGUAGAUGCGGCCAGCUGAGUGGCCAGGCCAGCGGCAGUGCUGAUCCUCCAGAUGGGCAUGCUCUCGGCAUCAAGGACGGCGCCUUGUCUGCGAGCUUGGCGCGGGGCUUUUUUUUUAACCUCCACGAAGCUUCCCGUAGGAAGCUGUUCUUCCUGAACCACAAUGCAGAUAGGCCCGUGCCGACGGUGCCCUACCGGGGCAUCCACUCUUUCAGCCAUGUACUGCAGAGACGCCUCGGCUUCAGCGGAGUGCCCAUGACCACCAUCCUGGUGGUGCACCUUUUCGUGCUUGCGCGCGCUCCCUGUGCUCCCGAAGUACAUCACCCGCAAGCCACGGCCGCGCGGCGACAUCGGCUGAUGGAAGGGCCAGUGGGUGUCUUUGUGGCGGGGUUCUUCUUCAUUUGCCUGCUGGCGCCGCUCGGCAUAAAGCUUUGUGCCAGGAACUACAAUUGGGAGAGCAUUGUGCUCGUGGGCUUCGCUGCUCGCCGGCGGGGCCGGAUCUCCCGAGGCCUGGAGCUGUUCCCAAAGAUCAAGUCCCUGAUGGCAUCAGAUCUCAGGUUUCACAAAGAGACGGUCUCAGAAACCGGCCGCUUCCACUCGCAGAAAGGAGGCUUGUCCCGUGUCAACACUGCUACGGCCAAGGCCUCGCUGCGGCAGCUGGGCGCUGAGGAGCGCAGAGCCAUGCUGCAGCGCCUCACUCAGGCGAAACGCCUUGCCCUGGAGCGUUGGAUGCUCAGCACCGCCAGGGCAGCUUCCAAGCAUGCAAAAGGACCUGGCAAGCGUCCCAAUCACUCGGAUCGCAAGGAGCGGAGGGCGCGGCGUCGCGGCGGAUGCAGUGCGAGUGCCUUCGGGCGCUGGGCAGUUGUCCACUUGGGCCGCGGCUUCUACGCGCAAGCCAAGCUCGCUGCAGAGACCCAAGAGGUGAUUUCCAGUCUGGGCACAUCGGCGUGCGAGCUGGCCGCUCGCUCCGCAAUUGAUGGCUUGGAUUUCGAGAAGGCAGUGGUGGAUGCUGUGGCCAAGGCGACCAGCCGCCCCGCGAACGUGCGGCUCUUGUUCCGGUCGCGGAUGACCUUCUCCCGCGCCGUCCGGCUGUCCACGCCGCUGAGAGGAGACCUGUCUGAAGCCCUCUCCGACUGGCGCGCCGUUCGAGCGGCCCGUGGGGAGGUGCAUGCACGGUGCCUGGAAGAGCACGAGCUCGCCGCCGGGCGCUGGAGGAGAAUUCGGGCAGCCCACCAUCUACGUGGACCGGGGCUGCCCGUUUGGCCACGCAUUGCGCAAGGCCUGCGCAUCCUGAAGAGCUGCUGGCAAGCUGGCAAAGCGAUGGCACAAGCCUCUGCCGGACUUCAGUGUUGCAGACGCGUGGAGAUGGGUACCCAGAUGUGA